AACAAUAACGAUCAUAAUGAUGAUGAUGAUGAUGAUAAUGAUGAUGAUGAUGAUGAUGAUGAUGAUGACGAUGACGAUGACGAUGACGAUGACGAUGACGAUAGACCUGUCAGAUGGUGCGGAAGGGGGCAUAGGGGCUACAUAUAUCUUAGUAUUUUACAAUUAGACCAGAUGAAAGGCGAGGUGACAGCGGAAUACAUCUGAAGAGAAAUUAAGACGGUUGUGUAGAUCCAAAUUGAAUGGCGGAAAUCUUAUUAGUGCAUCAAUGUCCAGGCUGUAGGUUUAAUACGCUACAGUGCAAGUAUCGUGGAUUGCGUGUUGGAAGGGCUGGUCAGUAUGGAUAGAAAAACUAGGACGACAUUGGCGGUAAAUGGCUCUUUACACACAAAACGUAAUGUUGCCAGACCGUAUCUACUAAGAAAAGAAGGGGUGAGGCUUUAUUGGUAUUGAGGAGUGUUAGAAGGAGAGAAAAUUGUUGCAUGGCUACCUGAGAGAUAUCAGGAGAAGGUGUUUGUUGAAGAAGAGAAUCUUCAGGACUACCAGAAAAGAAAGGAAGAGGAGAAAGUCAGGAACGGGAAGCUCCACGGGGAGAAUUUACUACGAAAACUUCAGAUGUCGCUGGAGAGGAGUCCUGUGGAUGUCUCAGGAAUGGUUUUGUUCAAGAUGGGAAAAGAAGGCAAAGCAAUGCAAAGGCCUAGUAUGGAAGAUUAAGUUUACCCGACAUUGUUUGAAGUACUCAGUUAUCAGCCAUCAAUUCGUACCGCUCACAUUUUGCGGAAUGUGGUGUGCCUAUAAGCUGUUGGAUGCAGCUGAGAAAUGAGAAGACCAAGAAAAACACAAGGGUGCUGGAGAGAAUCGCCCAAUAAUAAUGAUAAUGAUAAUGAUAAUAAUAAUAAUAAUAAUAAUAAUAAUAAUAAUAAUAAUAAUAAUAAUAAUAAUAAUAAUAAUUGCAAUAAAUUGAUAACUGUUCAUCGUUAAUUUUUGGUUAAGUAUGCACUUGUUGACCUAACCACCAGUUUCAAUAAAAACCCUUUACAUUUCAGUUACUAACGAAAGUUGAAAACCUUAAUGAAUAAGCAAAAGAACUCAAAUAAAUUCUGAAUGCAACAAUAUCUGUUUCUGGACAAUACUUUUUUUUCUGAAUAUUUGGUUACCUUUUCCCAUUUUGCUAUGUAAUCCUUCUCAUAUCACCCUAAAAUGAUGCGAUCCUCUUAUUGGAAUUGCUAUGUGAUGCAGAUCAAUUUACCAUUUUUAAUCUAUAGGUCUAAUCCAUUUGGAUCAAUUACAUCCCGUAAGUGGUUUACUUCCUUGAAAGCAAAGAUUGAGUUUGGGCCCCACUUCUCUUAGAACGUGCUUUAAGCCUGAGAUCGUUGUCAAUAAAUUCAUUUUUGGGUGGGCCCCGGAGAGUAUUUUGUCAGCCUGAUAUUUUUGCUUAUUUAAGACGAGUAAUCCUGCAUAAGGUUUUUGUUGACGCGCGUCUUCAGAGACCGAGAGAAAGCACAUUUGGACGCGCAACAGGUCUAAUCCAUCUGGAUCGAUUACAUCCCAUAAAUGGUUUACUUCCUUGAAAGCAAGGGUUGAGCUCGGGCCUCACGUCUCUUAGAACGUGCUUUAAGCCUGAGAUCGUCGUCUAUAAAUUUAUUUUUGGGUGGGCCUCGGAGAGUAUUUUGUCAGCUCGAUUUUUCUGCUUAUCCAAGACGAGUAAUCCUGCAUAAGGUUUUCGUUGACGCACGUCUUCAGAGACCCAGAUGAAGCACAUUUGGACGCGCAACAGGUAAAUUGCCUACAAGGUUUUCAAGAAGUACCGGAGAGAAGCCUCCCAGUUCCGAGUUUGCUUGAAGAGAUUUCACCCAUAAAUAUCCCGCACCACUAGUUGCUGCCCUUGUCCCUCCUAGGAUGCGCAUGAAAAAUUGUCUUCGUAGAUAAACAAAUAUCAUUGGGGUGCUCGAGUAAACGAUGAAACGUGCAGUCUGCACCAAAUUUGUAUUGGUCAGAUUGCAGUCAAUUUUCAACCCCCUUAACAAAAUUUGCCAACAACCAUUCUUGUUUGAUGUAAAUUACCAGAAAUUCGUAAUUUACCAGUGCAAUAAGCGAUGGUCAUUACAAUAACUUACCACUAGUAAAAUAUAGCUGCAAAUAAAGCACCUGAGCGGCAAGGAGAGCAAAGAGUGGCUUCCUCAUCAUUGCCUUAAUUCUUUACUGCUGUGUAUUUGAUGUUACCUCUCCUCUGUUGCAAAUACGUAUAUGGACACUAGGCAUCUCUACUAGCUUCUAUUUAAACCUUCUCGGUUUUGGAAUGAGGAAGACUUACACCAGUUAUUUAGCACCUUUCUCUCCAACGGGGUUAAAGGGUCGUCGGACCAUGUGAACGUUUCAGCGUUUAAUCCGCUGGCGAUGUCGACAUUAUGAAAAUGAUUGGCUGGGGUUAGAGAACUACUUACUACAAUAGUCCAUGGGGAUAAACUUCAAGCAACCUUUCAUUUAGUAUCCGUUGGCUGACCACUUUCUGGAAAUAAACAACCAUUCAUGCGACAUUGAAUAAAGAUGACCGUAAACAGGUACACUAGAUUGUUUUGCUAAAAAUAAGGACAUUUUCUGUCCUGAAAAUACAGGUCACGUAAUUUCGAGGUCUUAGAGCAUAGAAUAUAUUAGUAAUAAUAGCCUCAAUCAACACAACAAUGCGUGGAAGCUCUGCAGUUGCCAAAAUUAAGACAGCUAAAAAUUAUCAGAUUUGGAAAAAAAGGAAGACAUUCGAGUACAUGAUUCCGCAUUCUCCGGCUUAAACGUGAUUAAAGGGAAGUUGAUGUUUGUUAUCUUAAAAACAUACUGACACGUACACCUCUUAAAACAAACAGCUAUACUAUUGAUUUCAAGUCAAUUUUCCUUAACAAAGUACGUAAGUUGCUAUUACAGUUCUAGAAAGGAAUUUUCAAGCGAUAGAAUAAAAGUCUUACUGAAACGGAGCUAAGGCCAAACUGAUAGGCUUUUAGAGUUCAGAGGACUUGAUGUCCACCUACUCGGAAGUUUCCAACACUUACCGUUACCACAACAACAACGACCAACCAUUUUAUUUUUCCAAAUUAAAAAACGUUUACAAAGAAUAGCAUACAUUAAAAUAGAUAAGGCAAAAAAGCUACUCAGAAUAGCAAAAAGCUAAACGAGCUAAGUAGAUACAAUAUUUAAAUUACUGACUUCACCCAAAGAGACGCUGGGUCGUGGAUUUUAACAUAUUUGUUUCCGUGACUGAGCGUCGCGAACACCUUUACAUCUCCCGAACCCUGGAAUUGAGUUUUAAAAGAAACGGCUUGGCAACCAUGGUUGUUUUGGGAAGUGUCGGUAAUAUUUACCUUCCCAGCUUGAAAGACAGCCCCUUGAAUGUAAAAAAAUAAAUAAAUAAAUAAAAAAAAGAACUAUGAUGAUGAUAUACACGAUAACGAUAACAAUGACAAUAACAAUAACGAUCAUAAUGAUGAUGAUGAUGAUGAUAAUGAUGAUGAUGAUGAUGAUGAUGAUGAUGACGAUGACGAUGACGAUGACGAUGACGAUGACGAU